CCCGCAACUCUACACGAUCAAGUCGUUCGACGCAAGUUUAGCCGCAAGUUCGUUCAAGUCUCGACCUCACGCAAUCAUGACUACGGAGAAAGGGUUUCUUGGGGUCACACCGCCAAUCUCGACGGCCGACUCGACUGAGAGGGAAAAGGAGGUCACAGCGACCUUGAUGGAGGAACUGAGGAGACAGAAAACUUUUGAGAGUAUGGAGGAGGCCCGGCUCAGGGAAACGGUGCUCGGACGUGUAGCUGCCGUCGUCAAAAAAUUUGUGUAUGAGGUGUCUCUGUCUCGCGGACUUUCGGAAGCAGCUGCGAACGCUGCUGGGGGGAAAAUAUUUACCUUCGGUUCAUACCGUCUCGGCGUUCAUGGACCCGGGUCCGAUAUUGAUACUCUUUGCGUUGUUCCUAAACAUGUAUCUCGCGAAGACUUUUUCGAAAAGUUUGAGCCAAUGCUUAGAGAAGUGGAGGAGGCUACGGAGGUAUCGGGUGUGCCUGAGGCGUACGUUCCAAUUGUCAAGGCCAAAAUCUCAGGAAUACCAUUAGAUUUCCUGAUGGCUCGUCUGGCGCUGUCAUCUAUACCAGAUGAUUUGUCAUUAAAGGAUGACAAUCUCUUGCGAAAUCUAGACGAACGAUGUGUGCGAAGUCUUGGAGGUUCACGGGUGAAUGAUGAAAUUCUGCGUCUGGUGCCCCAUGUUGAGGUCUAUCGUGAUUCACUUCGAUGCAUCAAGCUCUGGGCCCAACGGAGAGCCAUCUACUCGAACGUAAACGGGUUCUUGGGUGGUGUCGCAUGGGCAAUUCUCGUCGCCCGAAUAUGUCAAUUAUAUCCCAAUGCUACUGCGGGGGCGAUUGUUAGCCGAUUUUUCAUUAUCAUGUACCAAUGGUCAUGGCCACAACCUGUGCUGCUGAAACAAAUAGAAGAAGGACCAUUACAAGUUCGCGUUUGGAACCCAAAACUUUAUCCUGCGGAUCGAUCUCAUAGGAUGCCUAUCAUCACACCCGCAUAUCCUGCAAUGUGCUCAACUCACAAUGUAACAGCGUCGACACAGAUGAUUGUCACCGAAGAGUUCAAGAAAGGAGCAGACAUCGUGGACAAGGUCAUAGUCGGCACAGCAAGUUGGUCAGAACUUUUCCAGAAACACGACUUCUUCCACAAGUAUCGAUACUACCUUCAAGUUAUCGCAUCAACUGGUACUGCUGAUCUGCAGAUCAAAUGGGCAGGAACCGUCGAGUCUAGGAUACGGCAAUUGGUCAUGAAGCUUGAAUACGUCGAUUCACUGAUUCUCGCGCAUCCAUUCAUCAAAGGCUUUGAUCAAGUCUCACAUUGUGUUACGGAAGAGGAAGUCAGACAGGUUGCACAGGCACAGAUCUCAGACGUCAUCGCCAAGCGAACAAGAGCUGACAUUGAAGGCCACGACGGGGCGAGUACAGUGCACUCGACCACCUUCUACAUUGGUCUUCUUAUCGAACCCAAGCCUCUUGGCGCUGUGGGCCCGCGGAGGCUCGAUAUAUCAUAUCCAACCACCGAGUUUACAAAGCUCGUCAAGAUGUGGGAGAAGUACGACGAGGAUACGAUGGGAAUUGUGGUGCGGAACAUCAAAAGUUCUGCUCUUCCCGACUACGUGUUUGAUGAAGGCGAGCGACAACCAAAACAGGCGCUGAAACGCCCGAAAACAGGCAAAGGAUCGGGCAAGUCGAGCAAUACUUCACCUGAUAUGCCCAACAAGAAGAGACGCAGAUCGGAGACGACACAAGAUAGCGAGAAUGGUAUUCCGGGCUUGUCAUUCUCAAGUGCAACACUUCAUGCCGAAACCAAUGGCCUAUAUGCUCCUAUCAACAGGGCUGUCAGCGAAAUCAAGACACCUCAACUUCCCCUCGGUGAAAACGCUGCCGUCGCCACGGGAGCGCAAUAGAAAGGUCUCAUCACAGCGGUGUUGGUCCCUUGAACAAACUUCACCAAGCUCUAGCCUUGCUCCAGCUUGCUCGUUCUGGGGUUCACAGACCAGCUGUCUUGGAACUACAGCCCAGUCUUCAUUGCCAUGGCCAUCCUUGCAGGUGUUUGGUUUAUUUAUCCAUUUUUUCUACAGGGACCGAAGCACAUGGCGAGAUACAUUGGGCAAACGUUCAGACCUCAACAGCGCAGUACAGUGGGAUGAGUGCUUCACUUUAUGUCAGUUGGCUUUUAUUGUUGCAUGUCCCUUCCCAGCAUCCGCGCUAGUUUUCAUUUUAAUCACUCUUCGCCUUGGCAUUCAAGUUUGGCAGCUUCGAUAUUUUCCUUGUAUUUCAGUUAAAACCCAGAGACACAAUUUUGUAUCGUAACUUAGGCAUGAACUAUAAAUUUUCCGCAACGUUAAACGUG